UCGGUGACGCGGUUUGUCGCGUUUUUGGUUCACCUUUUUUUUUCCUCCACACCACUUCUCUCACGCGACCGCCGCCGCCACUCGCCCUCCCCGGACCGCCACCGCCCGACGACCCUCCGACGCGUCGAGCACUGCUGCACAUAGUGUGCGUUGUACAGUCGCGCCGGUUCGGCUACCGUCGGCCGCACCGCCGCCGAUCACGCCUGCCAAGCUCGCGUGGGCCGUCGUUUUUCCGACCGCGUUUUCGGUUUUUUCGUUUUGGCUCGGUUUUUUUUUUUUUUUUUUUUGUACUUUAUUUUCUAUUUUUGUUUAAUAAUUUCUCGUCACUCUUCUCCGACCACCACUCAGGUGACGAGUCCGUCGCGGCAACACUCCGUGCGUCUGUCUUCCUCAACAGUGUAGUGAUCUCGUCGUCUGCCGCCGACAUAUAAUACCUACCGUCGAGACUUCUGCAAACAACAUGGACAUCGACGCAGUGUACCAGAAAUACGUGGCAUGCAUUCUCGAGGAUGUGAGGGCCAUCCACGGCAAGGAGAUGGUGGCCACAGGCAGCCCGUCCGUAUUCUGCUCGGUGUUGCCCGGCCACUGGCGAUCCAACAAAUCUUUGCCGAUACCGUUCAAGGUGGUCGUGCUGGAUGAGGUUCCCGACGGUGCGGUCGUCGUCGUACAGGCCGGAAACGACGAGAAUCCGUCGGCCGACAUGAGGAACUACCGAGCCCUGUCCGCCACCGGCAUCGCCGUCUUCAACGACCUCCGAUUCGUCGGUCGCAGUGGAAGAGGUAAGCUGUUAACGCUCACCAUCACAGUUCAAUGCAAGGACCAAGCAGUGUUAGUAGCCAACUACGUAAAGGCCAUUAAAAUCACCGUCGACGGUCCAAGGCUCCCUCGGUCGAACCAUAGAGACGUGAUCCACGGCUACGGUGGCAUGUUCCCAAUGCACGGUCCCCUGCCGCCUUACGGCAUGAUCAUGGAAUACAAACGACUUCUGGAGGGCGCAGCGUUGCCUGGGUCGCUCAACUACCAGUACAUAGCGGCCAAUUACUUCCAACUUCACAACGCAAUGGAAGCUUCGCAGAUGUAUUGCGACUUGCCACCCCAGUCGGCGUUCAACUUCGCCGGCUACAACGGUCUACACGGUUUGCCGCCCACGCCGCCGCGCACCGAGGAAGAUCCGACAGCGGCUACGCCGGCGGCGCAGGACGACUGCGGCGUCGGUAGCGUCGUUCCCACGAAGCGACAACGGCACGCGGCCGAGACGGCUCGAGCGGUGGCCACCACGGCGGCCGCGACAGCGACCACCACCUGCCCGGACGACCGACUCCGGCCAGAGUCGUGCAAGAGGCCCAAGCGCGAGUCUGCUCCAAGUCCGGACAUCGACAUCGUCAGCGUGGGCGUCGUCCGGUCGUCCAGUCCGGAAGUGCAGCUCAAACCCCGCCAGGAGAAGAUCUGGAGACCUUACGGCGCCACCGACGAAUAGCGUCCGACGCACGACCCUGUAAAUAAUAUAUCGUCGCAGAUAAUAAUAAUAUUAUAUAUUAUAAAUUAACGAUCGUGUAAAACGUGUAAAGAAUCGAUUUUUGGUUCUCGUUUGUUUCUACUGAAUUAACAAUGUUUCUUAACGAUGUAUAUUAUAAUAAUAUAAUUGUACAUGCAUAUUAUAAUAUGUGUAUAGACAAUCAACCAAUCAACCGAGCAUUUAGGUUAUAUAAUUCAAUGUUGUGAUAUUAGCGUUUAGGUUUAUAAACUAUUAUUAUUAUUGUAUUAAUAUUUACGUGUAAAAAUGAUUUUUUAUCAAUACCCGGGGCCUUUUUUAUUAUUAUUGUAAUCUAUAUAGUAUAUACGUCACAUAAGUGUAGAAGUUGCCAAAAUAAAACCAAAGCAUAUUCUAUAUAUAUUCGCCCUCUGACAAAAACGGGUUUUUUGUACGACGUUUUAUGACGUGCGCGUACGUCGUUCAUGAAAUCGUGGUCCGUUUUUGUGAUAAAUAUAUUUAUAUAUAUAAAUGUGUAUAGUCUGUUAUACUAGUGUGUGAAUUUGUUAAACGAAAAAUGCAUAUGAAUAUAUAUUAUAUACAUGAUAUAUACGUACAUUAUAUAUUAUGAUAUUGAAUUUGAAAA